AUGUCCGCGCCUCGACAAGACUGUCCCAAGUGCCGAACCCGUCGCAUCAAAUGCGACAGGUCGGUCCCAGUAUGCCGGAAAUGCACCACACGAGGUUUCUCAUGUCCAGGAUACGGCCUUAUUCUCCGAUGGAACCAAGGAGUUGCCAGCAGAGGUAGACUGGCAGGCCGGCAGCUACCUAUACCAUCCACCCCGACUAUUGACCACUACCCGGAUGCGGUGACAUCCGAACUCAUGCAUCACUACCAUCGGAUCGUCUCUGCCAAGCUGGCCUGGGUGGAUGGUCCGACGAACCCCUGGAGACAGGUUAUCGUCCCACUGGCUGGGGCAUCGUCGACGGUCCUCCAUGCGGUGCUCGCACUUUCGUCGGAAGACCUUGCGGUACGAUUCCCGAUCGGGCAUCCGCGCCGCCAGCAGCUGCAGCUCGUCUCAAUGUGCCGCCGGAAUCAGGCCUUAUCGUCGGUUGCUCGUCUGCUGUGCCACAUGAGGCAGGAGGGCUCCUCCACCAGCCAGGCCCAAUGUGCGCUGGCCGCCACGCUCAUCCUAUAUAACGUCGAGCUCCUCGGCGCCGCGUCGGCUAAGUGGCGAAUGCACCUGGAGGCCGCGCGUGUGAUCCGUCAAUGGAAAGAUCAUACACUUACGGACGCCGGACGCGAGGAUGAGAUCGAUGCUUUUUUGAUCUACGAGCAGUACUACGCAAGUGUCUUUGCUGGCCUCACAACAUUCGAUGCCCUGGAGGAGUACGAAGCCGUUCCACUAACUGAUGCAAAUGCCAUUUUUGGCGAUUUCAUCAUCAUUAUCAGUCGUGCGACACAUGUGGAACGCUUGCAAUAUAGUCAUGGCCAUCCGAUCGAUUCUUCAUUGCUUCGCACUAUGACAGGGGACUUGGAAGCCGCCAAGGCCCGCAUGCUUCAGCUUAGUCUCAUACUUCGCUGGCAAACAGACCAGGCGUGUAGCAGUUUCCAGCACCUGGUGUGGAUUUUUUAUUACGCUAGCCUAAUCUAUGUCUACCACGUCCUCGCCCGGGAUGGUUCUUUAGACACGACACGCCAGUCCUGGAGAGAUUCCAUCUUUGCUCAUCUAGCCCUUCUCGUUGACAAGCGCUCAUUCGCUCAUGACCUUGUUUGGCCGCUAUUCAUUGCAGGCACCGAGUGCCGCGGGUGUCCGCAGAAGCAGGAGGUGGUAGCGCACGAGAUCGAACUGGUGAUGGAGAUAAGCGGCACAUUGGACCGACGCAACGUCUUGGCGUUUCUGCAGCGGUUCUGGUCUCUGCCGGACAGUGGCCUUACGUGGAUCCAAUACAUGAGACUGGCACCCGAACGGCGGAUGCUUAUCCUUUAA